AUGGGCAACUGCUUCUCCCGCUCCGUCCGCGGUCAUAACACCGACACGCAGUUCACCACAGCGCCCAAAUACUCCACCUCCACCUCAACCACCUCCUCCUCCUACCCUGGCAUCCACACUCGGGACCCGCUCCCCGCCGCCGUCCUCUACGGCGAGAAGGAGCAGGCCACGCUGAGGAAGGGCAAGAACAAGGGUCGGAAGCAUGGACGAGGCCGGAGAGGGGUUGGUGGGGGUGGGUAUACGUAUGCCGGUGGAGGGUAUUACGGUGGUGGUGCAGUCGGCGGUAGUUGUGGUGAUGGCGGUGGUGGAGGCGGUGGAGGCGGUGGUUGUGGCGGUGGUGGCGGCGGUGGCGGCGGCGGUGGUUGCGGUGGCGGUGGUGGAGGCGGUGGAGGGUGCUAA